GAUCGCCCAAUCUGAAUGCAGUACGAGCCAGCCAAUGAGACCUCUCUUUACAUGGGAAACCAGGAAGUGCAAGAAGAUUGCCGGUGGCUGCUGCAUGGUGGGGAAAAGCAGCUGAAAAUGAGCAAGGAUGUCCCCGAGUCCCAUGGGAGCCAGCCGAACUCGGCAGAUGACCAGGUAACGGAACCAAGUGCUUCAGGGGUAUUUUGUAACAGGAUUCUCAACAUGGUGAACUCGGAGGACGUAAAUGCGAUUAUUCUGGCUCAGAGGCAUAUGCUUGACCGCUUCGAGAAAACCAAUGAAAUGCUCCUAAACUUCAACAGUCUCUCCAGCACCAGACUGCAACAAAUGAGUGAUCGGUUUAUGCAUCACACAAGGACAUUAGUGGAAAUGAAGAAAGACUUGGACAUAAUAUUCAGAAGGAUAAGGAUGUUAAAAGGGAAAUUGGCAAAGCAAUAUCCAGAAUCUUUCAGCAAUGUUCAUGAAUCUCCUAGUUUGGAAGAUGAUGAUGAUUUUGAUCCGAUCCCAAAGAGUACGGCCACCACCAUUGCUACUUCAGAGCAGAGUACAGAAUACUGUGAUACCAGUCCUUCUAUUAUUUCCCCCACCAUAAGUCAGGACUUUGAAGACUUAUCCCAGGCUCCUUCUGAAACACCAUCUGCCAACGGGCAGCUUCUGACAGAUGAUGAGGUUGCUCAUGAGGACUAGUAGACUAAUGGGAUGGUGGGUAAUCUAAAAGUGCACAUUGUGGAGAUGUAAAUUCUCUGUCCCCCUGAUGCAUUUAAAGCCCUUUUUAGUUUGAAUGAGUGUACUACAAGGCAUUCCUGAGAUGAGCGCUCUACUUUAAAAGGUAAUAUUACCAAGAAAUACAAAGCCACGACAUUUGGAGACUGAAUUUAUACAUUAUUUUCUCUUUGCUAGGGCCAUUUCUGCAGGCUGCACCUUCUAGAUUCUGGUAUUACUUAUGUAAA